AUGGCGUCGACCAAUCCAUUCGCGCCGCUCGCGUCAUCGCUUCACAAGCAAUCUUUUUCCGGACCUUCGGAGGCACCCGAUGUUGUGGGUAACGCACCAAGGACCCCGACGUCGCGCAAAAAGAAGCACCGAGCCGGGCGCAAACAUCGCCGAAAGGCCCAUCAGUCGUUCGCAGGUCCAUCGGAGGACAUGCCCGGCGAGGGCGGCCUGGACCGUACUGGCUCAUCCGAUGCCAGACCUGGAAUCUACGCUCAAGGUCACAACCUGAGCUGUUCGAGCAUAGACAGCGAGGCCUUACUUGACCACAGAGAUCGCACUUUCUCCUCGCACUUGGGCGAAAGCGCUCCGCUACUCAGUAGCUCGGGGAGGUUCGAAUCUGGCUCGCCGCGGGUAUAUGGUUCCAAUGACGGACGACCAAAGCUUCAUGACAGGUUCAAUGACCGUCGCGGAUCCAGUAGAUCCAGCAGGCGGCACCUCCAUCCUUUGCUGACAUCGGUUGUUGAACGCUACAAUGUCAAUUACCCGCCAUCGAUGCCGCCCUCGCCCAAAUUGGGCCCGCUCGAUCGCAUGGGCAUGUCCUUCGGUGAUGCCAUGAUGCGUGAGGAGUUUGCAGACAUGUCACAGACACAGAGUGCAACGGAGGGCGAGACGGGCGCGCGCUCUCCGUCCUUUGACCGCCGGCACACCAUUGCUCUCGGUGCCGAAGAUGACGUCGCCAUUCCGCAGGAAGGCAUGUCUGAGAUGGGAGACGAACGGCCCCAUGACGCCCAGAGCGAUCGUCGACGCCGUAGACGGCGCGGCAAGUGGCCCGAUUUGUCUAUUCUAGAAGAAUGGAGCCGGGAAGAAAGAAAGAGCCGGAGCCUCUUGGAGGACAGGCGCAUCAAGACCAUCACAGAACCGGAGCUCAUCAAUGGCAGACUACGGCCGCUCAACAAGGGGCUGUACCGACCGGAAGAGGAUUUCCCCUGGCGCUUCACGUACUUCAGUGAAGACCUGCCGAGGACAAUCCACACCAAUACCAUAUCGGAGCUUACAGAGGUCGAAUCUGAUGAGGUCCCCCCUUUGAGCUUUCGCGAACUUUUCAACCCCGAGGCACCAAUACUGUGCGACUCCUCUGACUCCGAGAACGAUGAAGAGCCACCGCCCAUUCCCUUCCAGACAACUCAGCGUUCAACCUCCAUGCAACGUGGCGAGCCCCCAUCAAGAAUACAGACCCGAACGCCAUCUUUGGCGAGGGCACCGAUGCCUCCCGAGGGAGCUGAACGUAAUCGUGAUGGCGCUUUUUCACCUCGACAGUUACGAGCCGAGUCCGCAGCCCCGUCUCGUCAGCAAUCAGCCCCCGAACCUGAGAAGCCCAUUCGUUAUGGAAAGCGGCCCACGUGGUGGCUCGACGUAUUGUGUCCCAGCCCAGCCGAGAUGAGAGUUCUCCAACAAGCCUUUCGGAUCCAUUCACUCACAUCAGAAGAUAUCAUGAUGAAAGAUGAGCGCGAGAAGAUCGAGCUUUUCCCACACUACUAUUUCGUGAACUACCGGUCUUUUGAGCAAGAUUCCGAGUCCGACACGCACCUUGAGCCCGUGAACAUGUACAUCAUUGUGUUCCGUGACGGUCUUAUUAGCUUCCAUCACUCACCGACACCACAUCCGGCCAAUGUGCGACGCCGUCUCCGCCAGCUCGCGGAUUUCAGAGAGCUUGAUUCGGACUGGAUGAGCUACGCCAUCAUCGACGAAAUCACCGACAUAUUCGUCCCACUCAUUCAGAAGAUAGAGGAAGAAGUCGACGACAUCGACGACGCCAUCCUCCGCCUCCACGCUGGCGGCAGUCCUAAGAAAGAGACGCCAAACAACAACGAUCGCGGUGAGAAAGACGCGCGGUCCAUCAGCGGCGAGACUGUCAUUGAGAGCGGCGCUGACAUGUUGCAUCGCGUCGGCAACUGUCGCAAGAAGGUCAUGGGCCUGUAUCGACUGCUGGGCAACAAGGCGGAUGUGAUCAAGGGCUUCGCUAAGCGCUGUAAUGAGAGUUGGGCUGUGGCGCCCAAGAGCGAUAUCGGUAUGUAUCUGGGCGAUAUCCAGGACCACAUCGUUACUAUGACGGCCAACCUGAGCCACUACGAGAUGAUCCUUUCGCGGUCUCACGCCAAUUACCUCGCCCAGAUCAAUAUCCGCAUGAACGAGCGCUCCGAGGAGACAGCCGAUACUCUUGGGAAGUUGACGGUGUUGGGUACGAUUGUCUUGCCUAUGAACAUCAUCACUGGUCUUUGGGGCAUGAACGUUUGGGUUCCGGGCCAGGAGUACGAAGGGAAUUUGAAUUGGUUUUGGGCUAUUACGGCUGGGUUGCUACUGUUUGGGGGUGUUUGCUACUUUACUGCCAAAAGGGUCUACAAGAUUGUUUAA